AUGGGUAGUGCAGUUGUUGUGGUUCACAUGAACUUCAGUAAGGUCUUUGACAAGGUCCCACAUGCUCGAUUGCAUGAUAUUCCAGUUCUAUUGACCCCUGUCUUGCUUCUUCAGACAAAGAUGAAGAGGAGGGCUGUUGGCAUCUGGCAUUGUGGAUCCUGUAUGAAAACAGUAGCCGGAGGGGCUUGGGCCUACAAUACCACCUCAGCUGUUACAGUGAAGUCUGCAAUUCGCCGUCUGCGGGAGUUGAAGGAUCAGUGAGCAGUGGCUGGGGAGUCUGAUCUUUUCCAGAGGUGCAUGUGUCAGCAGACUUGUUAAUAAAAGUUUAAAUGAAAAGGCA